UUCUUUAUCUAAUCUAACGACGACCUAUCACUCAUGAACGACAUCGCAAAUACAGUUUCUACACAUUUUAAGAUUUAUACAAGCUUAUAAAAACAUAUUAAGGCUCAGUUUGAGGUUGGCACGUGAGAGGCAUCUGCGCACAUGACGAUGACUAGCUAGCUAGUUAGCUAAUGUUAUGUAUAGUUGUUUAUUUACCCAGCCAUGUUAAAAUAUAGCUGCGAAAGGUCUCUAGUAUUAUUUGCAUUUUUUACCUGACCAUCCUGAACAUGAGACUGAUUUUUAUUUUUAUUUAUUUAUUUAUUAAUUCCUGUUUAUCCAACAGUCGUUUGAUUCCAAAUUGCAAAAAGUUGACUCCGAUUCUGAAUCGAAGUAUUGUGAACCAAUAGAGUCGAUUCCACGAUAGUUAUUUAAUCGUCACGUCAUUGAAAAUGAGUUUGUUAAACUUUUUUGUUUGUUUUUGCAAUAAAACGGUGCUAAAGUUGCAACUGUCAUAUCCACUCUACUUGGUGUGUACUACGAACUGGGUGUGAUUCAAUUUUCUUUGUGGAUUCGACUCAAAUUGGAGAACCGACUCUUUGACGGAAUCGACUCCCUGCCGUGUUGCUCGUGAAGACGUUUUCAAACGCUGUUUUCUGUUAGCGCUUCAAGCAGGAAGCGUUCUUCUGACACCAUCACCAAACCCAGAUUCGUCCAUCAGACUUCAUCAUCACUCCAGAGAACCGCUCCAGAGUCCAAUCUUGGUGCUUCACUCCACUACACACGGUGGUCUUAGGCUCGUGUGGAGCUGCUCGGCCUUGGAGACCCGUUUCACGAAGCUCCUGGUGCACAAUUCUUGUGCUGUUGUUGCUUCCAGAGGCAACAACAUAAACCCGACUUUACGUUCUACGUUUGCUGAUUAUCGGCGUAAAUAGAACGUAUUCGUUUUAUUUAAUCGCAGGUCUACCGUCAGAGGAUCUUCACUGUAAACUCAUGGCAGUGUGUUUUUACAGAGUUAUUUUAUUAGGAUCAUCUCGUACAGCGUGACAAGUCUUUCGGAGGAAAAAACACCCCAAAAAAGCAAUCGAUUAGGGAUACAUAGAUCCGAUGCGGAGUAGUGGGUUUGCGCAUUUCUCAGACAAGCGCUCCUUUUGUCUGUCCUGCCCAGUUCAGCGUCGUCAUGACCGACGAUAGGACGAAAGUGAAGUUCCGUUGGCUACACACGGCAUUCGUCUCGCCUACGAAGUUCCAGAAGAAUGACGUGGGUUUGGCUCAGCCCACUCGCUGGGGCGACGAGGCGUCCGAUGAAUCGCCCAAAGACUCCUGUCCCAGCCUGAACACUUCCUCCAGCUCUGAGGGACUGGGAGAACUGGAGAACAUUCAACUCGGCACACCUCAGGGGAAACGCGUCACACCGUCACCGACACCGAGCACUCGGAAAACCCACCCUCUGUCCAGCAGGCCCUGCAGACUGUUUACGAAUGCAAAGGACCCGCAGUCAGAAGGUCAAUCACCUUUGCGGUCGCCGUCAUCCACUGCCGGUGAGAACCGAAAAGACAGAACUCCAGAGGAGGGUUCAAAGGUCAUCUACCUCCGAGCCCUGAGUGCCGCUCUCGGAAACAGACCGAGGAAGUCGUCGCACUCCGAGGACGGUACCAAGAAGCCGUGCCCCUGGAAGGCUCAUACAGAAACCCUCGCUGUUAAACCCUCGCCGGAGAGAAAGCGCAGCAGCUGCUCGUUCAGCGAGGACCCGGCGCCUGCGUGUGUCCGGUCGGAGGAGCGCACACGCACACCACACGUCUUUCUAGACACCGAGGAAGAGGAGAGUGCACCCCAUCAGCCCACCGCCUCCUACUGGAGCACGUGGAUGGAGGCCGACUCCACCGUCGGCGGAAGUGCGCAUCCACCCGGUAAACCAGUCGUGGCGCUGGGGCGGGACCUCAGUCCUAAGCAGCCGAUCGGACAAAGUCCUUCAUCUUCAGCCUCUUGUUCCCCGUCUCCGAGCGAGCUGUGUGUGUCCUCGCCACUGUUUAGACACCGGUCCUCUUGUGCGCACUUGCGCUACGGAUUAACGACGCCCCUUCCCGACGACCCCAUCAUCCGCGGGAGGUCAGCGGGCUCGGAGCCUCUCUGGCCGUCAGACUCCGACUCACUGGGCUUCAUUGACACCCACUGUCACCUGGAUAUGCUGUACGGGAAGCUGGGCUUCUGCGGAAGCUUCUGGAGCUUCCGGGAGAGAUACAGCCGCAGUUUCCCUGCGGAAUUUCACGGCUGCAUAACCGACUUCUGCAAUCCGAGGAUCACGCAGAAGGAAGCCAUCUGGGAACGGCUUAUCGAAGAGGAGUUUGUAUGGGGUGCUUUCGGAUGCCACCCUCACUUCGCCAAGGAGUACAACUCCGUUCACGAGCAAAGCAUCAUGAGAGCCAUGCGUCACCCCAAGACCGUUGCGUUUGGAGAAAUCGGUCUGGAUUACUCGCAUAAGAAUUCAGCCAACCCCAGCACACAGAAAGAGGUGUUCGAGCGGCAGCUGCGACUGGCCGUGUCUUUGGGAAAGCCUGUGGUCAUACACUGCCGGAACGCUGAUGACGACUUGCUGGACAUCAUGAAGAAGUGUGUUCCCCGAGACUACAAGAUACACAGACACUGUUUCACCAACAGUUACUCCGUAAUCGAGCCGUUCCUGAGCGAAUUCUCAAACCUGUGCGUGGGUUUCACAGCGUUGGUGACGAACCCUAACGCCGCGGAGGCCCGAGACGCCGCGAGGAAGAUUCCACUGGACCGAAUCCUGCUGGAAACCGACGCACCCUACUUCCGACCCAGACAGGUGUCUCCGUCUGUGUGUAGGUUCUCUCACCCCGGGAUGGGCAUACACACCUUACAGGAAAUCAGCGUGCUGAAGGGAGAGCUCUUCUCCACCGUGAUCCAAACGGUCCGCCAGAACACCACACACAUCUACGGCCUGUAAACCCCUCCUCCUCCACCCUUAAACUUAAUAACCUGUGUACGGUAAUGUUUUGGCUGGUUAUCGAAGCUUGUUUAAAGUAAGAAUGUUCUACUCACUGAUACAUCUUUUUUUUAUUAUUAUUAUUAUUUUUAUUAAAAUUGUUCAAAUUGUAGAUUGAUCAUAGCCGACUUAUUUUCGAGUUAGAUUUGGAUUUACUCGCAUCCCAGAUUUACAACAUUGGCUUUAGAAGAACUGAUUAGGAAUGGAUCUAGCUAGUUUCUUCAUUUAAGGUUUUUAAAACGGUCUGUUGUUGUUUUUGUUGUUUUUCCUCUGUGUUUUCGGGGGAGUUUAUAGAGAACCUGGCAACCCUGCACACAGAACUUUAAAAUAAAAAGAGUGAAGUUCGCUAACAUGCAUACCUAAUGCAGGACAAAAAAAAAAUCCUUUUAUUUAUUUCUUUUUUGUGUGUGUGUGUGUACGCAUAAACGUGUUGUGAACCGUAAGAAACUCUGAACACUGACGUCGUUGUUUUAUUUUCAUUUUAUUCACAUUUCACAGUUUGUUUUAAUAAUUUGAGCGGUUAUGAAUCAGGAAUCAUUUAAGUUCAAAUGCUGUUAGUUUGCGCCGUCUGAAACAAAUGGAAAAACAAGCACGUGUGACUUCACCCUGUCGGUAUUACUUCUUUUGUGUGUGUGUGUGUGUGUGUGUGAGAGAGAGAUCAGAACCCACCCAAAGUAGGCGGAUCACCCAGGACAUCCAGUAACAUCCUCUGUAGCACAGGACCAUAAUCCUCGUAUUCCGCGUCACUGAGAGACACGGCCAGCUGGAACGGUGCGCUCACCUGCACAGCCGUAAGGACAAUUCCCACUGAUCAGUUCACGAGGUUAAACCCAGGGGAAGAAACGCAAAUGUCCGCACGGUCUGAGAAGUCUGGUCUCCGCUCGUGGUAUUUUCUAACGAAUUUAGUUUAGUCCUUUUUUUCUUUUUUUAAUAUAAAGAAACUAGCAGUUUGUUGAAUCUAACGUGACCCUGAUCAGGCGGUUACUAAGGAUAAAUGAGUGAGUGCUGUAAAUACUUCACACAGCUCUGAAUGCGCUCUUUGUUUGUCCCGAAAGAUUCAUAUCUGCCCUCUCGCUCAGGACUUACUUGUCGGGAUCCCAGUCCAGAUGCGCGUCUCUAGAUGUCCUGAGGACCUUUCUAACAGUGGCCUCGUAUUUGUAUCUGUAUUCAGAUGUACAUGUUUACAACACAGAGAUACGCUUUUCCUUUCAUCCAUUCAAAAACCAUGGGGGUGCAAACUUUUUCACACAGCCGUCAUUCACUAUGGUACAUAGAGAGCUCGUUCAUUCCACCUUCUGCUCACCGUGGUUGUAAAGAGUGAUUAUUUGACUCUACAUCCAAAGUCCAGAGGUUCUCAGAGGUGCAUCAUUACUGUCACCUAGUUCACACGGCACUGAUCUCUUCAUCUUCUUCAAACAUGUCACUUUGUAGACGCUCCCUAACUCACACCGCAUUCUCCAGCUGGCUUUAUCUCAGUGGAGUGGAGGUGCAUGUGUAUUGUAUUGACUGAACUGAAGGUUCAUUGAUGAAUAAAAUGUCGGAUUUGAACGUUUA